AUGUCCAAGAAGCUGCUCGUUGUUGGCGGCGCCGGUGCGCUAGGCCGCGGUGUGGUGAAACACUUCGCCCGUGCGUCUUGGGGCGUCACGUCCGUGGGAUUCUCGGCCAACGAGGACGCCGAGAACAACGUGCUGCUGCCUGUAAGCAACUCGCUCAAGCAGGCGGAGCAAACGCUGCAGGAGAUCUCCAGCAGGAAUGGCAAGAUGAACACCGUCGUGUGCACUGCUGGCGGCUGGGCUGGCGGCAGCAUCCGCGACGCGGACUCUCUUCUGAACUUGAGCGACAUGCACACCAAGAACUUGGAGUCGGCCUUCCUGGCAACGUACUUGGCCAGCCAUUUGCUGGUACCCGGUGGCCUGCUAGUGCUGACGGGAGCGACCGCUGCUCUCAAGGCUACGCCUGGCAUGGUGUCGUACGGAGCAAGCAAGGCGGCCACCCACCAUCUGAUCGCCAGCGCUGUGUCUGAGCUUCCGGACGAUUCGUCCGUGCUGGGCGUGCUUCCGCUGACGAUCGAUACGCCGAUGAACCGCAAGUUCAUGGCCGAUGCGGACUUCUCUACCUGGACCAAGGCGGAGGACAUUGGCGAGAAGAUUUUGGAGUGGUCUGACGCCCCUUACGCUGCUCGCCCUUCGAGUGGACAUUUGAUCACUGCCACCACGGAGAACAACACAACGACGUGGAAAGACGUUGGCAACCCGUUUCAGUAG